CACAAUCUACAAACUCUUCACCUGUAAUCACCAGCUUGAACAGCAAUAUUAUAUUUACUUGGCAGAACAAUGGCUGCAAUUCUUGAAAACAAGAUAAUUUUUAUGGUGGUUUUGGUAGUGGGGCUCUGGGUGUCUCAAGCCUGGUCCCGCUCUCUGAAGGAUGCAACCAUGGCUGAGAAGCAUGAAAUUUGGAUUGCUAAAUAUGGACGUGUAUAUAAAGAUAAUGCUGAGAAGGAAAGACGCUUUAAUAUAUUCAAGGAGAAUGUGGAGUUCAUUGAAUCCUUCAACAAUGCUGGGCAUAGGCCUUACAAGCUUGGCGUCAAUGCAUUUGCAGACCUUACUAAUGAAGAAUUCAGGAAUUCCAAAAAUGGAUACAGAAGUUCUUCCAUUUUUAAGACACCUGAAACAUCACCGUUUAGGUAUGAAAAUGUCACUACAGUGCCAACUUCCAUUGAUUGGACAAAGAAAGGAGCUGUCACACCCAUCAAGGACCAAAGCCAAUGUGGAUGUUGCUGGGCAUUUUCUGCUGUGGCAGCCAUGGAAGGCAUUACAAAGCUCUCAACAGGCAAGUUGAUCUCUCUUUCGGAGCAAGAAUUAGUUGAUUGUGACACGAGUGGUGAAGAUCAAGGCUGUGAAGGUGGCCUUAUGGAUGAUGCAUUUAAAUUCAUCAUAAAGAAUGGAGGCCUAACAACCGAAGCAAACUAUCCCUACCAAGGAGUGGAUGGCACUUGCAACAAUGGGAAGGCAUCUAACCAUGCAGCCAAGAUUACAGGUUAUGAAGAUGUUCCUGCCAACAGCGAGGAGUCGCUAAGAAAGGCGGUAGCCAACCAGCCACUUUCUGUGGCAAUUGAUGCCAGUGGAUCUGCCUUUCAGUUCUACUCAAGUGGGGUGUUUACAGGAGAUUGUGGAACUGAGCUAGAUCAUGGAGUUACUGCAGUGGGGUAUGGGACAAGUGAUGAUGGUAAAAAGUACUGGUUAGUGAAGAACUCAUGGGGAACUUCAUGGGGUGAAGAUGGAUACAUAAGAAUGGAAAGAGACAUUGAUGCUAAGGAAGGUCUUUGUGGAAUAGCCAUGGAGCCUUCCUAUCCAACUGCAUAAAUAGCAGCAAAGUAAAGAUGUGUGGACCUUAAAUUUCUAUUAUUGCCAGCUGCUGUGUGAAUGUAUAUAAAGUUUUACUGUGAUAAUGAAAUGGGUGAUUUUUCCUCUUUCAAUCUUUUACUUACACUCCAAGUCCAAGCAUCAAAGUUGCAUGCAAAGCCAUCAAUAUAUCUUCUCUGUGGAACAAGCAAAUUCAAUUUAAAAUGUAAAGUCUAGAAAAGCUGGUGGCUAUGUAAGAGAUUAAAUCCUAGGAAUUAUGGUUGCUGACAGAUAAUUUCAUAGCUACAAGCUCUAGAGUCCAAGUAU